AUGGAAACUGGGAAGAUUGAAGUGAAGGCGUUAGAAGUGGAAACACUGAAUAAAUCUUCUGAAGACAUUCCAUUUAGAAUGAAAGAAAGGACCGGGGUUCAUGAAAAACGUGGUCUAGAGUACAGAUAUCUUCAGUUAAGACAAGAUGAUUUCCAAAACCGUCUACGCUUCCGUUCCGAUUUCCUGCGCAAAAUCCGCAACUUUCUUUGUGAAGAAAGAGGUUUGUCCAUAAUAAUGAUACCUAGGUCUAGGGGUGCUCAAGAAUUCCUUGUACCAACCCAGCUCCGUGGAAAGUUCUAUUCGCUACCACAGAGUCCGCAACAAUUUAAGCAGUUGUUAAUGGUCGCUGGGAUUGAUCGGUACAUGCAAAUCGCUCGCUGCUUCCGCGAUGAACUUGGCCGACCAGACAGGCAACCGGAAUUCACCCAACUAGAUAUUGAAGCGUCUUUUGUGAAUCGAGAAGAUAUAUAUGAAGUUGUAGAGGCGGCGCUAACCGCUACGUGGUCAGUCGUCUGUAAAUAUAAUAAUUAUGACGAAAGUCUCGAAACACCAUUUCCACGAAUGUCGUUUGACGAAGCCAUGCAGCGUUACGGUACUGACAAGCCAGACGUCCGUUUCGAAAUGGAGCUUGAGGAUUCUUACGACUCAGAGGCUUCGCCGUUCGCUUUUUUCAUUAUUCCUGCCAAUUACGACCUUUCAAUUUUGCUGUAUGACAACUUAAAGUCCAAUGGUGGAGCCAAAUCAAUGGCUCUUUCUCACCUCAAGCCUGGCGAAGUCGCGGUCUUGGCACGUGGUGUAGACCAUCCCUGGCGGAAGGCCUUGGGCACGGCUCGAGUUCUCGUGGCCAAGCAACUAGAGCUGAGAGGUAUGCAAAUCUACAAGCCUGGUUUCUUCUUCCUCUGGAUUGAAAACUUUCCCUUGUUCUCCAGGAAUGAAAAUGAUACGGCCUUUCGAGGAUACGACUUAAGUCUUAAAUUAUCGGCUUACAAGGUUCAUGGCCAGCACUCCGACCUCGUUUGCAACGGUCAAGAAGUUGGUGGAGGCUCCGUUCGAAUUCAUCAAACUGACGUGCAGCGAUACGUUCUCGAGGAGAUCCUUCAAGAGGACUCAGAGCCGCUCAGACACUUGCUCCAAGCCCUUUCAUUUGGAGCUCCACCACAUGGCGGAAUAGCCCUAGGAAUAGACCGCCUGCUGGCCCUCUUCUCCGGUGUGCAAUCCAUCCGCGAUGUAAUCGCCUUCCCUAAAACUUCAGGUGGACGCGACCCCCUCUCCGGCAGUCCUGCUGCUGUUGCAGAGACCGAGCUUGAACGCUACUUCAUUCAAGUUCGUGACACCGCCGACCCGACUUCCUCUUAA